GUAGCGCGGUAGGCGCAGUACGCCACUGUCCACACCACACCCCCUUUGCUGCUUCCACCACUCCCUAACCUUCGCUCUCACACACUCUCUUUCAUCCAUCGUCAUCUCUGAAUUGGAAACUCAUUAUUAUUAAAUGAAAUUACGAAAACGAAGAAACCAAACAAUAGUAGCUUAGUUAAUUGAAUUGAAUGAAUCUCAAUGGAACCUCUUCUCUUCAACGACUCCACAUUCUCUUCAGCUAACCCUUCUUUGUCUGAGAUUUGGCCCUCUCAUUUCCCCUCCGAUCACACUCCCAGGAAGAGGCGCCUCUCCCCCUCGAGUGAUUCUGCCAGCAAUAAACAUAUCAAGUUAUCAGCACCAGAAUCCCAGGAUCAAAACGGUGCGUUGAAGGUUGGUGAAGUAGACGCGACUUCCGUGGCCGGUAACAAGCUACCUCAACAAACCCCGAAACCUAGUUCUUCGGAGCAGGCACCUAAGCAAGACUAUAUACACGUGCGAGCCAGAAGAGGCCAAGCCACCGAUAACCACAGUCUGGCUGAGAGAGCUAGAAGGGAAAAAAUCAGUGAGAGGAUGAAAAUUCUUCAGGAUUUAGUCCCCGGGUGCAACAAGGUAAUUGGUAAAGCAUUUGUGCUGGAUGAGAUAAUUAAUUAUGUCCAGUCACUGCAACGUCAGGUUGAGUUCCUUUCAAUGAAGCUUGAGGCAGUUAGUUCGAGAUUGAGCAUGAAGCCUACUCUUGAAUGUUUUCCUUCAAAAGAAGGGUGGCAGUUAUUGAGACAUUGCAAACAUUUUUGGGUGUCUAAAAGCCAAAGUAGAAGAAGCUUAAGAAAAUGAGUUGAAUCUUUUUGUGAACCUGUGAACCCAGAAUCCUUUGACCUUGUUUAUUGUCAUCCAGAUUGGUUUCUUGUCAAUGUAAAUUAUCACUAUCGCAAUACAGUGAUCUACAUGACUACAUGUAACAUUGUACAGUGAUGCAUGAAUCCUCAGCUCAAGUGAACCCUGCUGUCAAGUAUAUUUACCUGAUUCUAGGGAAUGUUCUGUAAGCUUUCACAAUCUUGCACUCCAGAUCUGCAUCUUGGUUUACUAAUUGCUAACUUCCUUGGGAUUCAUGUUUAUCUUGGGCUUUUUACUGUCCGUAUUUUUCUUUGGUAUGCUUGCUGCAUAAUUUUGGGCAUCAUUCAUGAGAUUUUCCCUUCUCAUUAUUAGUUUUAAUUUUCUAAAAGAAUUUAGAGAUUCUUGUACCCAGGUUACUUAUCUAUGGUCUUUUGGCAUGUGUUUGAAAGAUUAAGAGAAAAAUAAAAUUAGUUUUUCUAUUGUAUCAACUACAAAAUGAAUUAUGCCAAAAAAAGAGUCAAUCAGUGAUGAUGCCUAAUGAACUUUUCCAAGUCACGGAAAAAUUAACUUUUCUUUGCAAGUAAUGUGAGUCAAUAAUGAAUUUACUACUUUUGGCUUCAAAUAUAUUAUUCUACAAUGUGGGUUUUUUUUACUUACCCUUUUUCCUUUAUACUUGUACUAGCAUAGCUCUAGGUGUAAAUGCAAGUAAUCUAGCAAGUCAACUCCAAACACUAUGUUAACGAACCCUCCUACCAUUUUAAAAGAUUUGCAGUGUAUAUCAAAGAAAUAAUCUCAAUUGGGACAAGUAGAGAGCUAGUUACACACUCUUUGACUCACUCUUGUCGACACAUUCUUUAUGAUUGAGUCAAAUCUAUUAUGUAAUGUAGGAUGAACAAAAUCAGGACUAAGACCUGCAUGGAUUUCAUUGAAUCAUUGUGUGUCAUGUUCUUGGGGCAAUAUGUUCAUCUCAGUAUUGUUACUUAGACCUAGAACAUGUCUUUAACACAUCAUUUUUUUUGGGACUGUUUAUUUUCAUUAUACUGUGAUUUUGAUGAGGGUGAGCCCUGGCACAGCAGUAAAGUUGUGCCUAAGUGACCUGUUGAUCAUGGGUUCGAGUCUGGAAACAACCUCUUUGCAUAUGCAAGGGUAACGCUGUGUAGUGCGUACAAUAUCCCUCUCCCAUACUUUCUCAUGGUGAGGAGCUUCUGGGCAAUGGGGUAUGGCAGAAUACUGUGAUUUUGAUUUGCUGUUUUGUUGGUUCAGGUUUGCACUCAGGCCGGAAUAAUAUUUGGAUCACAACCGGCCAAGGGAUAUGCUCAAGGAUCACAAAUGGGAUGGCUGCAUAUGCAGAUAGCUGGUGGUUUUGAGAAAGCAACAUAAUUCAAGGGAGAUUCAUAGGGAAUGACAGAUCAAUCAGUGUGGUUGGUUUUACAUUGAAAAGGAAAAAAGUCACUUGGGCUGGUUGGUUAGCAUGGUCUGCUCUAUUAACAACCUAGUCAAUUGAUGCAAAAUGUUGUAAGGUCUGUAUGUUCUUUGUCAUAGUAUGAUAUCGAUUGUAAGAAAUGCAUCUAAUUUCCUCGCGCAUCAUCUGACUGGGAAUGUAGUGCUGCACUAUGUUAGCAAUUGAAAUAAUCUUAUUGUGGUUUGGUUUUCGUAUUAAAAACUCUGCUGUGGUAGGAUUCUUCUCUCCA